AUGGAGCCGCUGGAACCUCCGGCCGAGAUACAAAAGUCGACCGCAUCCCUUCUCUUCUUUCUGUUCUUCUCUGCUUCCCUCCCGCUCGUCGACGCUGCUCUCCCUUUGUUCGACGUUUCGUCCGCCUGGGCCAGGUUCAAGACGCGCAGAGUCCGCCUUGCCGCCGCCACUAGUUACUCCGAGCAGCAGUUGCUCCAGCUGGCCCCGCGAGUCCCUAAGCAAGAAGAUCCCCGACGGGACGACUCCCUUGGCUCGCUUCUUCUCGUCCUCCACACCCUCUCACGGCCGCUGAAACAGCUCGACCAAGCAUCCACAAGCACCGUCAAGCUUCGUCCAAGAGCUGCUGUCCCUUGCUUCUUCAUGCACUGA